AGAAUCAGCCGAAACUCCUAGCGCAGGUGGUCAGAAACCUAUUGUACCGUUCAGCCUUCCAGCACUUGAAAAUUGUCGACAGGUCUACACAUUUCCUACGCUGAACAGGUCUCCAGUUGUAGCUCCUCCUCCCUUUCUACAUCAUAUUUUAGAAAAGAUGGAUCCAAUCCCUGAAAAGGCUCCGGUAGAAGCUCCUCCCACCGCGGAUCCUGUGGCGAUUCAACUGGCUCCUCGUAUGCUCAUUAUACGAAGGAAGAAAAUGAAAAAGCACAAAAGGAGAAAACGUUAUAAUAGAGAUUUUUUCAAAUAUCAGAAACAUCAUAAAGAGAAGAAGUUGAGGGCGGAGCGUGAGUUCAUCAAGCGUAUGAAAGCUCAUCUAGCAGAGUUAGAAUCAUUCAAACCUGAGCAAUACGUCGAAGAAACUAUUGCAGCAGCGAAAAAGGAGUGGUCGGAUGAUCUUGCGCCAACAGGGAGGAAGUUAUAUCCUCACUGGUCAAGACUUAUGUCAUUGGAAGAACUUUAUGGCCUACCCAAAAGUGAUUAUAUCGACAAGAAAGCUGGAUUAGCCGGAGAGGAAGAUGCGGAAAAGAUCAAGCAGUUGAAGAUGGAAUACGAUAACAAGUACCGCGGUAUCUGA